AUGCCAUCUCCUUCUGAGUCCAGUAGUGUGGCUUCAGGCUCCAGAGGGUGGUCCGACAGCCGCAGGGGCAUGUCGGCUCGGGGCAGUGCUCGUCUGCUGCUGUACCUGGGACUGUGCCAUCUUGGCCUGGGGGCCAUGGUGUUGGCCUUCUCGUUCACCAGCAUGGCCUUCACCUCCUCGGCCCGAGUCAGACAGUCCUGUCCUUUCUGGGCUGGCUUCUUUGUGGUUGCAUCAGGAAUUGUUGGGAUUAUCUCCUGGAGGAGACCACUGACUUUAGUGGUGUCUCUGUUCAUGCUUCUAUCUGCGGUGUGUGUGAUCCUGAGUUUGGCCGGAUCCAUGCUCUCAUGUCAGAACGCACAGAUGGUCAAGUCCAUGCUUACCUGCCAGGUGGAGAAUGGCCUGUGUGUCUGCUGUGCUCCCACUCACUCCUGCUCCGUCACAGAGGACGAGACACUAGUGCUGUAUCUAAAUGCAGACUGCCACUCUGUGCGACAUCAGCUCAAAGACCUCUUAUUCAGCGCGUGUGGCCUCAGCAUCUUGUCCACAGUCAUCUGCACGUUGUCCACUGUGACCUGCAGCAUCCACAUAUUCUCCUUGGACCUCGUGCAUCUACUGGCUCCACACCGCACUCGUUCUGUCAACCCAGAGUGCACCACUCCACAGGACGCUUUCCUCACCAACAUCAUGGACUUUGAGGAGUUUGUGGCUCCUAUCCCCCCUCCACCGUACUACCCUCCAGAAUACACCUGCAGCUCGGAGACUGACGCACAAAGCAUCACUUAUAAUGGAUCCAUGGAGAGUCCGGUUCCGCUGUACCCCACUGACUGCCCUCCUCCUUAUGAAGCAGUGAUGGGUCAGAGAGCUGCCAGUCAGGGAACGAUGUAUGAUGCGAACGGGGCUGACGUGUCUGGGGAGAGGCCAACAUCCACAGCCUUCAGCGGUGAAGUGUCUAUGGACAAUGGAUCCCUGCUUAUGUCUGAGAUUGUGGACAUCCCAGAUGACUCUUCCCCUUCAGAGGACUCUUGUCUCAUGGAGGUGAGCUUGAGGGUCCAGGGGGAGCGGCGGGGGGUGAGGAGCACCAGCGAAGGGGGGGACACGGGAGAGGGCAGCACCUACAUCAGCUUCCGUGGCCCCCCGUCCCAAACACCAGAGAGUCCCCUGGCCGGAGGCCCUCGAGCGCGAAGGUUCCUGAGGUCAGAGAGGUCCAACUCCUGCUCCUCGCCCAGCACAGCCACCAUCUCAUACAGGUCGCCAGUGUUGCAUCGCCAGGCCCUGUUAACCAGUAGCUGUUCCCAGUUGGAGGCUAUGGGUGCCUCCAUUGGCCCCCUGCAGACUUCAGUUCCAAAGAUCCAGGUCCUACCCUCAUCCCCAUCUACCCAGGGAGCGGGACAGACCCCAGGCAGACCAGGCACCAAACAGAGCAGCCAGGGGUCCGUACUUCAGAACCUGCCCCUGUAUCUGCGUCGGAGAGCGGGGAAAGGCAGCGUGGAGGACGGGCAGAUUUCAGGAAGUGAGGGUCUCCCUGGUUUGGUGAGGUCUCACAGUGAACCUGGCAUCGCCUCUUCCAACGAUACAGUUGAUUUUGGAUCUGGAAGCAGUAAGGAGGCGUUUCUUACAUCAACUGACACAGCUCCUGGAUCCGAAGCUUGUCUGCUGCCCCGUCCCUCGCUGCCGCCCGCCACGGCUUUACCUCAAAAAGGCAACGGUAAAACUGUGUCCACUGGAGGUCCGGUCCCGGCAAAACCAUCGCCCACCUCCCCACGGCGCCUCCCCAAGGACUGCCACCGCUCACUAGGAGAUCUCAAGGUGACUCGAGUUCUGAUGGCCCGCUUCCUUCAGCGUUCUAAACGUAACUUAGCCCCUUCCACUGAUCAUGCGGUGACAAACGCACAAGGGCCAAAGAGGAGGGGAGGAUCUGACGGCACUGGCCCCACCAUGGGCCCUCCAGAGCAGGUGUUGAGAGCCCCCUGGAACACCACUCGAGCUCACCCCAACCAGCGUCACCGCGGCCACCACCACUCACACAGCGACAGCCGACACAACCGCGCCUACGGAAGCCACGCCCCCGAGGGGAUUCACCUGCGCAGCUGCGGAGAUCUGAGCUCCUCCUCCUUUGCAUCACUACGGCGACUGGUGACGCCUCACGGGUCGUCAGGAGCGCUGUACUCCGAGUCGGCUCUGUGA